AUGCCAACACAUAUGCAGGCCCCUCAAGGUAUAGACCCAACUCGACUUGCGCCUCUAGAACCAGAUAGUGGCGGUAACGACACCACUCUAGGCCAGAAGAGCUUGACAAAGGAAGAGAAGUGCCAGUGCCCAUCUGGCGAUACACGCUGGCCUCCGCCUAAUGUAUCGAUGUCCAAGCCCUUGCAUCUUCUUAGUGACAAAGGUGAGAAGCCUAUAUAUUACCACCUAAUACACGAAAACAGCAGCCCUCAGGUCGACUUCUGGAAGGGACCAUUGAAGGCCCAAGCUACCGCCGCCUACGCAAAGAAGGGGCUCGCCUUGCAGAUAUCAAAAGAGGGGAAGAGUAAAAAAGAACUCAAAGCUGCGAAAGAGAAAGCGUUCGAGAAUGAAGCUCUGAAAGCGAAGAUGGAAAUCAUGCAGGCUAGAAAUACGAAAAUGCUGAAAGAGUUAAGCAAUGGACCACGGGGGACAAUCUGGCAGCUUGACGACGAGCAUUUGCAUGUUUGGAGAUGUAUCGAGGUGGUCCAGAAGGUGAAUGGGGCGGUGAGCCUUAGUGCAGAGCGGCGAGAAAUCUUCUAUAUGUUUGGUGGUGGUCUCAAGGGUAUCGAUGGUGAUAUGUUGCUGGUUAGCCAGGAGGCUGAAGUACCUAGCUGA